AAGAAAAAUGGCAAGCGAGAGCAAUACCCAAAUCUACCACGAACGCCAGAAGCUUCAGUUCUGCCUCUUACACGCGCUCAACAAUCUCUUCCAGCAGAAAGAUGCGUUUACUCGACCAAGAUUGAAUGAGAUUGCUGAAAGACUUGGGGUUGAAGAACCCAACAAGGAAAAGUGGACACCCUUAUCUGUGCUCUUUAAACCCCAUCAUAAUGCACUUACUGGAAACUAUGACAUAAAUGUGCUAAUUGCGGCUUUAGAAGAUAAGGGUAAGAAUGUGGUUUGGCACGAUCGUCGCAAGGGGGCUAAUACGAUUGAUCUAGAUGGGGAUGAAGAUGCUUUGAUGGGUAUUUUGCUUAAUGUUCCGGUUAAGAGGUUUGCGGGGCUAUGGAAAGGUAGGCAUUGGGUUACGUUGAGGAAGAUUGAUGGGGAUUGGUACGAUUUGGAUAGUGAUCUUGUUGCUCCUCAGGCUUUUGAAGAUAGUGGGAGAGUUAGAAAGUUCUUGGAUUACAUCAUUGGGCAUGGUGGAGAGGUUUUGCUUGUUAUGAAUGAUAGACAGUGAGUUUGUUGCCCUGUGUGUAUCUUUUCUAAAGAAUUUCCAAAUGUCUGUACAGCAAUUCCGCCUGUAACAAUGUUCGUACAGAAUUAGCUCACACAAGAAAAGUUUCACUUUGAACCUGUCAAGUUGUUGUAGGGAUUGGCAAAGUGCUAAAUGAUUUCUGUAAUUACAUCUUUGGUGAUCUUGAAAGGGUUUCUCAGCUAAUAUCAACACUGACCACUUUCUCGGUUGAUUUUUUUCCUGAAGUGCUAAAGACUUGCUUCUUGUGAGUUGU